AUUAAUCAUUACGAUAAAUCGGCUCUCUACAGUCCUAAUUCUUCAUUAAAAAAAAAAAUUGUUUUAGUUUUAUGUUUUUUUUAUUUUUUCAUAUGUUUGAUUAUGUUUCUUGCCAAUCAUAUCCUGAGGAGUUUGAGGAUAUCGUCGAGACGAGUGUGGAGUCUGACGAAGUGGUGCCUCUAGUGGAUUUGGGAGGAAACCUUGGAAGUGUUCCGGUCUCGAAUUUUGUGGUACUUUCUGACGAUUCUAUGGAGGAUUUUUCGGACGAGUUUGAGGAGCCUGAGAAGCAGGUGGCGACUGGUUUUCUUUUCGGAGAUAGUGGGAUUGAUGAGCCGAUGUGGAAAGGCCCUGAUGGAGUUUUGUAUGAGUUCAAUUCGGAUGAUUCGUGGCAGCCAGGAGUUCACACAAAUCCGUACUAUUAUCCUCCGUCGUCGGACAGCUUGUCGACGAUGGAUUCGUUCAGCUCAAUGUCCUUGGGACAGACUUGGGUGCAAGCUUUAGCUUACAACAUGGUGCCACCGAGUGAAGUGUUCGCUACACCGCCUGGUCCGCCAUCUCCAGUUUUUGUUGAGCUAUCGUCGGAUGAUGAGUUAGCUGAUGUUGAAGAAUCGGGAAUUCCUAACUUCAUGAAGGCUGAAUCACUUAGGAUGUCUACUCCGCCAAGAAAGUUUGCGACCCGAACUUGGUAUCCUGGUUAUUAUGGUGAAGAAGGUGUUGAGUCGUCCCAUGCGAAUCUUGAGAACCUUGUCGGCGAUCAAGUAGUGCCGGAUGUAACGGCUAAUUGCGAGACUUUGUUCACUACUCCUCUGACACUCGAGCUGGUGGACUGUGGUAGCUCGGGAUGAAGAGGUUCUCGCUGCUCUGUGUUGUUGCUGUCUCCUAGAUGCUUGCUUCUGAUUGAAGUCUCUCUCUCUACAUAAAGCUGCAGGAUUUAUUGUAAAAUGGUUUUGGUUAAACAAAAACCUUAAUUGAUU